AUGGAACAGUAAAACAACUAAGAAGAAAAGUAGGAAAUAAUUUCUGACAACAGUCCUGGUUUAUAAAUGUAGCAAAGUGAAUAGAAGGAUUACUAGAAGAAAUACUUUACAACAAAAUGUAAAUGGAUUUCCUUCAGCGUGUCUUUCUUUGUGUUAGCUGGUAUUGGGAUAUUUUUGGGAAUCUAUCUAAGUCAAAAUAAAAGUUCAGCCCCAACUCUCAAAAAAUUCUAAAGAGAUGAGUUCCAAUAAGUGGAUGAAAUUUGUAUGUAACAUCAAUCUAAUGGAUUCUAAAAUUGUACUUAAAUUCAAAUGCGAACCAAAAGAGUUGUCAAUGAAGUAAAUGAAAAAAAUGCCUCAAGUUUGUUGAUUCUUACAGGCUUGAAAGUCUAAACAUUUAAAUAAAAUUCUAAUGGAACUCGAGAAUAUGAUGAAAUGAUUGAUUAAAAUACAGAAAUAGAAUAAUAAAUUAAGAAACUCUUAAGGAUAUUACAAGCAACUUCAUCGACAGGAAGUUAAAAUUUGUGUGAAGGAAUUCCAGCAGAUGAAUGUGGAAACGUAAAUGAGGUACCAUUAAUCACAGUAGUAACUGAUUAAUAAACUGGAGCUAUUUAAUAAAUUGGAGUACCAGCUGAAGUUCCAGAUGAACUCCUUUAACCUUUAGUUUCGAAUGUGAUACACAUUGCUCCAACUGUAGGAGAAUCCACUGAUAGUACUGGAUCUGAUGGGAAGAGACUAUUAAAGGAAGAUUAUUCAAAUGCCUACUUGAUUGGUAAGGAAGUAUUUAUUCCUAAAUAAAGUAAAACAACAUCCUGGUUUGGCAAUACCGUGAUUACUAAAAAAGUAACAAAAUCAGAUAAAAUUGAUGGUAAUAGUUCUGAAGGUACAAGUAUACUAGACGUGUUUGAAUAAUCUUAAGAAACCAGUUUGGACAAUAAUAAUUAUUUAGUAUCCUCACAUAUAACAACUAAUUCUAAAUUCAGUAAUUUUGAAUCAUCUGAUAAUACUAAUGAAAGUACUGAUGAUGAUUUAGCUGGAAAAUCAGAAACAGAAAUUACAAAUGAUUCAAAUUUAAUAACUGUAGAAACAAAGUCAGAUGAGGAUUUAACAAAUGCACUUACAGAAAUUAAAAAUAAAUAAUAACUUCAAUACUAUUCAAUUUAAGAUUUAUAAGAUAAAAUAUAAAGAUAGACUGAUUAAUUUGAGUAAAAUUAAAGUUAGUAAGAUCAAACAUAAGCUUAAAAUUCAAAUUCAGAUUCAUAAGGAGGUAGUAGAUUACUUGAGAAUGAAAGUGGGGAUGUUAGUUCAACUUCUGAAACAUAAUUAGAAAAUUAACAAGGUGAAUGUAAUUCUAAUGCUUUUAACUAAAAAAGAACUCUGAAAUAAGCCACUGUUUUUAAAUAAAAAAUUGGGUUAUAAGCAGAAUUUUAAGGAAAAGUAAAUGAUAGAGGCGCUUCAGGAUAUUUGUAAGCAUGCGUCUCUCUUAAUGGUGAUUGUGUGGUUGUUUUACAUAAGAGAGAUUUUUCAUAUGAAGGAAAACCUCUAUAGCCUGUUAAUUUAAAAGGAAGUAAAGCCUAGAGAAUUUUUGGUACUGUUAUUUUAAUUAUGGGGUACCCUUUAACUAUAGGUGCUGAUUAUAAUUUAUCUUGGGGUUUUACUGAAUCCUUAAUCAAAACUGAAAGUGAACUUGGUAUUUCAGAAAAUAUUUAUGCAUCUUUGGGUGUCACAGCCUAUGGAGAGUUAAAUAUAGUUUAUGUAGUUAAAAUCAGAGCAGGAGUUGAAGGACAUGUCUUCAAAGGUUCUGCUACUGGGGUUGCCUAAUUUAAGUUUAAUUAAACAGACAAUUCAAUUGUACCUAAUAGAUACAUGGUCUAUUUAGAUUUUUAAAUAGAAGCAUUGACAUUUGAUCUUUAUGCAUCGUGGUAACAUAUAUCAUUGCAUUGGGUUAGAAGAUGCAUAGGUAGAAGGUGGUGGAAAAUUUGCUGGUAUUAUCCAUAAAUUGGUUAUUCAAAUUGGAGUGAUAUUUUUAGAAAAAGUUUCUAGUUAGCUAAAUUACAAGCAACUUAGAGGAUAUUUUAGCUUGCUUCAAAGUGCUUUUGA